CAGCGGUAUUUGUGAAUAAAGUUUUUCCGUUUUGAAUGUGACGUUUUGUCAUGGCAGCUCCCGGAGCGGAGCAGUGCGGAUGUGAAUAUUCAGUUGGCGGGCCGGGGGGACACGAUGAGUUCGGCCACAGAUGUUGGGAAGGCCGGGGCGGUGGGGGAUGUACGAGGGAAGAGUGUGGAGGAGCUGAUGGAGAUCCUGGAGAGACAGGAGAAGAUACUGAGCAAUUCGAAAUUUACUGCCAGGUUGCCGGACCGCGGAAAAAAGAUUCUGGAUUACGCAGAAAAAGUGAGAGCUGCAAUUGCAGAACAUAAAAGGUCAAAAAAGACAAGAGAUUUACUUUCCACAUUCAGACUGGAAUUUGAAGAAAAGCAGAAUGAAGUCAAAGAGAAAACCCAAAUAGCCUGGCCGGUGGAUAAGAAGACAUUGGCAUUACCAGCCGGGACUCUUUUAAGCUCAAACAGUACUGCUAAUGUAUCUGAAACAAUUAACCAACCUAAUACAGAUGCAGUGGCUGCCUCAUCUGAAACACAACGUAAAACUAAUAUGGAUACAGAAAAUCCUUCAUUGCCAGCGACAAAUUCAUCUACAACAGAGAAUAAACUUUCUAAGGACACAAGUAACCCUUCGUUAUCAAAGGACACAUUACAUGAAAAAGACAAAUAUGAUGUGGAUACAAAUGUCUCGCCUUUUACAGCAGAUACUGUAUCUGAAAUAAGCCAUAAACCGAAUGUACAUGCAGGCCGCCCCCCAGUACAGGAGGAUGGGAAUCAAAAGACUGCUAAGAACUAUGCUGGUACAGCUGAUGAUUUGGCAGAUAGCUUGAAGAUGGUCAGCAUUAAUGAUCGUACAGAGAGGGGAAGUGAGGGUUCAUCGACAUCGAAUCAACCAGAAAACCCUUCACACCCCUUGAAACAGUCACAUUACCUUGAAGUUGUAGAGAAUAGGUCGAGGAGCCCGGUUUAUAAAAGGGAAAAAUUCAGAACAAACAGGUUGCCGUCAGGCUCCAAUUGCUCAUCCCCCAAUCAGUCACCAGGAGAGAGGGUACUUAGGCUGCCUGCGGAAGAGAGAAGAGCUCAGGACAGGAAACAUCUGGAUGACAUCACUGCAGCUAGACUUCCACCACUCCAUUACUCUCCAGCCCUGUUACUACCUCUCGCGGAAUCUCUGACUCUGCAGAUAAAACAGAACAAGACUUAUGAGGAAAAACAGGCCAAGCUUUCAGCUCAAAAACUAUUUGAGAAGCUUAAUAUUAAGAUGGGACCUUUCAACCCUGAGGGAGAUUCCUACAUGAAAUUCCGGGAUCGGAGAGAUGAAGAGGGCUAUGAUCCUGAAGAAUAACAGAAGGAUUUUGGUUCUCCAUCUACAAAGCAGAUUCUGCGUACUGCACAAGUACCAAUACACCAGUUGCCUGAUUUGCCUUUGUAUAUAUGUUUGCCACGUUUUACCAAAAUAAUAUACCGUUAUGUCCAUAAUUAUUUACAUAU